AUGUAUAGGUAUUUGAGUGAUAACUUUAUAAAUUGGAUGAAAGAGUUGGAGAAACAAAAGAGGGGACAAAAGCCUAGUCUAUUGAAAGCAUAUUUCCGUACAAUUGGACCCAAGCUUCUGAAUUCAGGUUUGGGAUUGGGUUUACCGGUAAUUUUAAACCUACUCAUUCAGUACGUAACUGAAUGGCAAAAACAAGUCAAAGAUAAUAGUAUUGAUUCAAAUGAGUGGAACUCCUAUAAGGCUAAUAUAUACUAUUGUGCGGCUGCCAUAUGUAUCAACCAGGCUCUUUACGUAUAUUCAGCUCAUUACUACUAUUUUAUAAGAGACAGGACAGGUAUGCAAACACGAGUGGCCAGUACUUAUGUCAUCUACAAUAAGGCCCUUAAGAUCUCGAACGGAGCCCUCAGGACCACAACUUUGGGCAAAAUUGUGAACCUAUUAUCGAGUGAUAUCUAUCGCUUUGACUUAUGUGUCAAUUAUCUCCAUUCCCUCAUCACUGCCCCAAUUCAGAUGGUCUGCAUUAUUGUUGUACUUUGGUAUCAGAUAGGAGUGUCAUGUUUGGUGAGCGUAGCCUAUAUGGUAUGCUAUACACCAUUCCAGCUAUUUAUGGGACACAUGUUCAAGAAGUUUCGUACAAAGUCUUCGCUAUUGACUGACAAUAGACUAAAACUAAUGAAUGAAAUAAUACCUGCGAUGCGAGUCAUUAAGAUGUAUGUCUGGGAGAAGCCGUUCUCGAAGUUAGUAUCGAUGGCCAGAGUUAAGGAGAUAUCAGCCAUUCAUAAGACAAUGAUUUUAAAGAGUAUUAACUUAUCCUUAUAUUUCACAUCAUCAAAAAUAAUGACAUUUUUAUGUUUAAUUGUAUUCAUACUAACCGGCGGUGAAUUGAAUGCCGAGAAUGUGUUUGUAUCCAUGGUUUGUAUCAAUCAAUUACAAAAUGCAAUGACAAAUUGCUUUCCAUAUGCUAUAUCAUACGGUGCCGAAGCACUGAUUUCUGUUAAUAGGAUUCAGGAAUUCCUAACAUCAGAAGAAUAUGAACAUAAGAAUCACAAUAAAAUAGAGAAUGGAAAUAAAGACAAUUUAUUGAAGGAAUCCGUUGAAGAAAUAAAAGCAAACAUUUCAUUGAAUAAUGUUUGCGUGGAUUCAGAGAAAGGAAUUAAAAUAUUAAACAACAUUUCAUUUGAUGUAAAUCCGGGAGAACUGACUGUUAUUAUCGGUUCCGUGGGUUCGGGAAAGACAGCGGUUUUGAUGUCAAUACUCAACGAAUUGAAGACAUCUGGCGGUAGGAUAUCAGUGAGCGGACGGUUAGGGUAUGCGAGUCAGGAGUCUUGGAUUUUUGGCGGAACUGUUAGAGAAAACAUACUCUUUGGCCAUAAAUAUGACGACAGAAAGUACAGAGAAGUGGUUCACGUGUGCGCUCUCGAGGAGGAUCUCAAACAACUAGAGGCCGGGGAUCAGACGGUUGUGGGCGAAAGAGGGGUUACUCUGAGUGGGGGUCAGAGGGCGCGGGUAAGUCUCGCCCGAACCCUGUAUUCCGAAGCCGACUGUUACCUAUUGGACGACCCGUUGUCUGCAGUGGACUCUUCAGUGGCUAAACAUAUCUUCGAGAAAUGCAUUAAAGGAUACCUUCGGAGGAAUUGUGUGGUUUUGGUGACACAUCAGUUGCAGUUCAUUAAAGCCGCGCAACAGAUACUUGUGUUAAACGAUGGAAAUGAUAUCUAUCGCUUUGACUUAUGUGUCAAUUAUCUCCAUUCCCUCAUCACUGCCCCAAUUCAGAUGGUCUGCAUUAUUGUUGUACUUUGGUAUCAGAUAGGAGUGUCAUGUUUGGUGAGCGUAGCCUAUAUGGCAUGCUAUACACCAUUCCAGCUAUUUAUGGGACACAUGUUCAAGAAGUUUCGCACAAAGUCUUCGCUAUUGACUGACAAUAGACUGAAACUAAUGAAUGAAAUAAUACCUGCGAUGCGAGUCAUUAAGAUGUAUGUCUGGGAGAAGCCGUUUGCGAAGUUAGUAUCGAUGGCCAGAGUUAAGGAAAUAUCAGCCAUUCAUAAGACAAUGAUUUUAAAGAGUAUUAACUUAUCCCUAUAUUUCACAUCAUCAAAAAUAAUGACAUUUUUAUGUUUAAUUGUAUUCAUACUAACCGGCGGUGAAUUAAAUGCUGAGAAUGUGUUUGUAUCCAUGGUUUGUAUCAAUCAAUUACAAAAUGCAAUGACAAAUUGCUUUCCAUAUGCUAUAUCAUACGGAGCCGAAGCACUGAUUUCUGUUAAUAGGAUUCAGGAAUUCCUAACAUCAGAAGAAUAUGAACAUAAGAAUCACAAUAAAAUAGAGAAUGGAAAUAAAGACAAUUUAUUGAAGGGAUCCGAUGAAGAAAUAAAAGCAAACAUUUCAUUGAAUAAUGUUUGCGUGGAUUCAGAGAAAGGAAUUAAAAUCUUAAACAACAUUUCAUUUGAUGUAAAUCCGGGAGAACUGACUGUUAUUAUCGGUUCCGUGGGUUCGGGAAAGACAGCGAUUAUAUGGACUUACCUCCGAUCGGGUGCCGGAAUACUUUUGUUACCUCUACUUCUGGUGUCUAAUGUGUUGACACAAUCGGUAUACACUGGAAGUGAUUACUGGCUCUCAAUGUGGACUAACUUUCAUGAAAACAAGAUUUUAUACAAAGACUCGAAUGAAACGAUUGACAAGAAUUGGAUGAUUGAUGACAACGAGAACCAGAAUAUCAUUACUUAUAGCUGUCUUGUGGCCAUUGUUUUUGUGUUUUGUAUUUUACGGACCAUUACUUUCUUCUCGGUUUGUAUGCGAUCUUCAGUGAAAUUGCAUAACAAAUCACUGGACUGUCUUGUGGCCAUUGUUUUCGUGUUUUGUAUUUUACGGACCAUUACUUUCUUCUCGGUUUGUAUGCGAUCUUCAGUGAAAUUGCAUAACAAAUCACUGGAGUCUGUGAUGAGAGCACCGGUAGCUUUCUUUGACAAAUACCCCAUUGGAAUGAUUCUAAAUCGGGUUUCUCGAGAUUUGGGAAUUAUCGAUGAUUUACUUCCGCCGACAGCUUUCGAUGCCAUUCAGAUACUGAUGAACUGUAUGGCAACACUAGUCUUAGCCAUUCUCGUCGACUAUUGGAUCACAAUCCCAGCGAUUGUUUUAAUAAUUGUUAUUAUAAUUGUCAGACAAUUCAGUUUAGGGACCAUUCGUAACCUCAAGAGAAUUGAGGGAACGGCUAGAAGUCCACUCUUCAGUCAUUUAACAUCUACUCUGAACGGAUUGACUACAAUCAGAUCAUUUGGUUCUGAAAAUGCUUUUUCCAAGAAGUUUGAUAUCCUACACGAUAGUCAUACAUCUACUUAUUUUAUGAUGUUAAGUUGUACUAGAUGGUUUGGCAUUGUAUUGGAUGAGUUGUGUAUGUUGUAUACGAUAGCCCUUACAAUUACACUCGUAUCCAAUCUUGACAUUCAAAAUGGGAGUGCAAUAGGACUGACACUUUCACAGGCGUUCACUAUUACAACUAAUUUCCAAUUAGGGGUCCGAAGGGGUGCUGAAGUGGAGACUCACAUGACUUCCGUGGAGAGGGUGCACGAGUUGACCAAAAUUGACACCGAAUUGGAAAUGGAUGUCAAACCACCGAAAGGUAAGAGAAAUAAUUACUUAUAUAUAACUAAGUUUGAUAUCUUACACGAUAGUCAUACAUCUACUUAUUUUAUGAUGUUAAGUUGUACUAGAUGGUUUGGCAUUGUAUUGGAUGAGUUGUGUAUGUUGUAUACGAUAGCCCUUACGAUUACACUCGUAUCCAAUCUUGACAUUCAAAAUGGGAGUGCAAUAGGACUGACACUUUCGCAGGCGUUCACUAUUACAACUAAUUUCCAAUUAGGGGUCCGAAGGGGUGCUGAAGUCGAGACUUAUAUGACUUCCGUGGAGAGGGUGCACGAGCGGACAAACCAUAGGAAUAGUCGGCCGAACCGGUGCCGGAAAGUCAUCCAUAAUCGCCACUCUAUUCCGUAUGACUCAGCCCUC